GGGACCCAAGCGGAGGUAGCUCACUAGCUGGCUGAGCUGUAGAUACUUAAGCUCGUGGGAAAGCAGUUCCGCAGCUGCCCCACCCACCCAUCUCCCUCCCUGUGGGGGAACUGGCGGCCGGUGGCACCUACUGCGAGGGGAUGGGAUCCCGAAACCCUGUGCCUUCUACGGAGCAUCCCCUGGCGCCAGGACACCUGCCGGAGAAAGGCUACUGCCCCCUACCUUCUCCUGCCAUAGUGGAGUAAGCGCAGGGCAGCCACACUCUCUCCUCAGCUAUCCCCAACUCCGCCUCAGGACCGAAGCCCAUCUGAGCGCCCCUUUCUUCUCCGCUCCGCUCUUCCCUGAAAAGGAAGCCAGAGCAGGGCAACGCCCCCGGCUCCAGCUGGGAGGGGGCAGGAGUGGACAAGAGGAGAAGUAAGUAGGCACCUGGCCUUGGCCUCCCGGGACCCAGGAGCGGGACAGCGGCCAUGGCUGACAGCAGCGGCCCGGGCAGCGGCGGCAGCAGCAGCAGCAGCUCCACUCCCUGGUGGAAAUCAUUCACCAACAGCAGCAGGAAGAAAGGCAAGGACAGUAGUGGGGGCGGGAGUGGAGGGGCGCAGCCUCCGUCCCCUGCAGGCCCGCAGCGGGGCCCCAGGGAGCCCUCUCCGCCCAGCCCGGACUGCCAGCACCCCGGCCUCCCGGGCGCCGCCGACACCAGGCUCGAUCGUUCGGGCGAGGAGAAAUCAGGCGGCAGCCGCCGCAACCUGAAGAUCUCGCGCUCCGGCAGGUUCAAAGAGAAGAGGAAGGUGCGGGCCACCCUGCUCCCGGACGGGACCAAGCCCCAGGAGGACUCGGAAUUUCCCUGCGCCGCUCACGAUGAGAGGCAGUAGCCCAGGCGCCCCGGCGCUGCCCUCCAGACUCCAGAUCUUGGGAGAGCCCGGAGGUACAGCGGGACAGGAGCUCCACCGGCUCUGCUCCCCCUCCCCCAAUCUGAACUUAAUAUCCACAUUAUGCCCUGGGAGCCCUCAUUACCCUGUCGAUGGAAGGGACCGUGGAGUUCUCGGUAUUUUAGGACUCAAUGAGGCAUCGACUUUUAAGAGAAACCACCUGCUAUUUGGCGUUUAUUUAAUACAAUUAUUUUUCAAAAGACUCACGGGUUCCUUCCUCCACAACCACCCCCUUUUUUAUUUGGGGGAGGAGGAGAAGAGUGCCUUCUCAAACUUAGCUCCACCAAAGAGGAGUUUCCAUUGUGAUUCAGAACCUUCUCUCUACAAAGUGCCAGGACAGUAUUUCCUGUAUGGGAAAGGCACUUUAAAAGUGUCAGUAGCAGCCCACGGUGGUACCAGUGUGCUUAGAACCACGCCUACCGAGAAGGUUUUUAAGCAGGGCAGGGGAGUGGAAAUCGAGGAAUCUGGAAGCCAGAUCUUGGCUUUGCAUCUGGGUUCUUCCAUCUGCGUGACCUUGAGUAAGUCAAGAGCCUGUAGGCCUUUCCUCCUCCUCCUCCUCCUCCUCAGUAAAGAGAGUGGGUCAGACCGGAUGACCCCUGAGUCCUCUGCCAGCUCUAAAUCUGUGAUUUUGGCAGUCUGGAUUUCUUUCCAUCCUGCAGCACCAAACAAGAAUGCCUCUUUUUAGUGUGGACCAUUAAAAGCGGCUUGCAGAGUCAGACUUUUAGGGUGACUCCUGUUUCUGUCUUUCUCCCCCCCCCCCCCCAUCACGAAACUCAUCCAACUUAAAACAGGAAAGUCUUGGGAACAGAGAGUUAAUCAUUUGCCAGAUAUAUUACAGCUAUAAGGCUCUAACUAGAAGAACCCUUUCCAGAGACAGCAGGGGCAAAAGCUGUAAAUGUGGAAUGAUUUGCAAAUCAAAUUCUGGAGGAAUGGAGAAAGGGAGAGCUAAGCCAUGAUCCCCAAACUCACCUUUUAUUUGGUAGCAUUUUUCCGGGAGUAUUGUAUUUCCCGUUGCUAGUAACCCAACCUUUUCAUCCUCCAUAAGCAGGCAAACUUUGAAAGACUGACAAUGAUGUAGAGAGAGAAAUUGUUUCCAACAGAUGGACAGUACCUUUUACAUUUGGGCAAUGGAGAAUUUUUGUUCUGCUUCUUUGCUUCAGAUGAUUUCUGUAUGCUGAAGCAUGCUUUUGUUUAGUAUGAGAAGCAACAGGUGAAGCUUUGCCGCAACAACGUACCUAUUUGCUUUGACCGUGCUCUUCAAGAAAGAGUAAGCGAAUCCCCCCUGCUUUCAGGGAAUGACAAUAGAGUUAUUGUAACAGGAAGAGGCCGAGGGAACCUUUCUUUCCCCAGCCCACUGCAUUUAUAAAUAGGGAGAAACUCAGAUGAAAUACUAACUUUGGCGACAAGGCUUCCAUUAUUUAUAAGCCAGGAGCUGAAGGAAAUCUCUGGAUUUGGUGGAAGGAGGGACCUGAGGGUGUGUGUGUGUGUGUGUGUGUGUGUGUGUGUGUGUGUGUGUGUGUGUGUGUGUGUGUGUGUACAUAUAUGUGGGUAUAUUUAUAUAUACAUAUAUGUCUAUUUUAAAAAUUAAAUUGGGUCACUGGGGAAGUAGUCAGACAUGAAGGCUGUCAUCUGAGUUGAAGCAGAAAAUGAACCAAAGACACCAAGUUGAAAAGGAUAGAACUGAGAUGAAUCCAUCAGUGUUGUUCACAUGAGGAAACUGACAGAAUAGACAUGGGAAAUUCAAAAAGAUGAUGUUGUUUUAUAUGUGAAUACCCACAGACCAACCACCUCUCAAAAGGAAAUUCUAGUUGAUCUGAGUGAUGGCGAACAGUUAUAUGCAUUAGAAUACAGUAUUGAGUCUGUAAAGUUAUUAUUUUUUAAAGAAGUCGCUUUUUUUGGGCAUCAGUUUUCAUUCUGAGAAAUUAAAGUAGUUUUUUUUUGGAGGAGGGAGACUUUGGAUAUAUUUUUAAAAAUUUAACAAAAAGAAGACAAAAGAAAAGAUGGGACUGAUUGUCGUGAGAGAAAACGAGGAGGUCUGUCAGGUCAUUUGGAGGAAUUUUAAUUGGUGAUAGAAUUGAGGUUGUCUGGGGAGAGGUCUGGAGAGUCAGCAUCACAUACUUUAAAACCUCAACCCAAAAUGUCAGUAGAAAAUUAAAAUGAUGAGAGUAACUAUUUUCAGAAGAAAUAUUUAAUGAUCUGAAAUACUACCUGCAAGGACUGUUUAGGAAAACAGUAUUCUCUCACAGCAUGACUAAUAUGGAAAUACGUUUACAUGAUUGCACAUAUAUGGACUGUAUCAAAUUGCUUAUCAUUUUAGG